UCAGUAUCACGCGCUUACCUGAUCGGGGUUGUUUAGUCGAACGUUUUGUUACUUUACAGUUCAAUAUUUUUACGUGUUUUUUUCUGUUAAAAACAAAUAAAUAAAAAUGUGCAUUGAUAAAGUAUAAAUAUAUUUUUAACAUGCACAUCACAAUUAUUUAUCACGAUAUCUUGUUUAUUUUUUGUGUUGUUUUAUAUACUUUAGGUCACUUCACAAAUGCGGAUAAAGCUAAGUGUUGCGGUCGUGUUACUGGAAACUGUAAAAGAGCCUGUGAACAAUUGGCUGUUCUACAAGAACAUCCGGAAGAUAGAAUAGCUGGACGUAUUACAGAAUUCUACCAUCAUUGUUCAUCAAAAAAUGUCAGACAUAUCGAAUGGUGUAUGCAUUCAUCGAAUCAAGAUUCUGAGAUAAAAUGGUUAGAAGCUGCGAGGAAAUGCUGCGAUGUGGCCAAGUCAGAUAGUUGCCAACUGUCGUGCUUAGAUAAAAAUGCAGAAUCCAGAUCAGUGCAUAAGGAUUGUCAAGAUGAAACAGAAUUUUUCGCAUGCCACCAAUACCAACAAGUGAAAAAUACAUGUUGCGAUGACAGUACUGGUGAUGCCACGCAAUGUCAAAUAGCUUGUGAAAAAUUCCUAGCCAACACGCCUUCCGUUAAUCAACAUGCAGCUAACCAAGAGAUCUUAGACAUGUGCUCUGACCGUCGUGGUAGACCCUCUCGCCGUUGUUCACGCAACGUAACCACAAAUAACUCUAACAACGGUCAUAAAUAUUUACACUGUUGUAAGUUGGCGCCAAACACACAAUGCGAGGAAGCUUGUCAAGAGAGUUUACGCAAACAGUUUGAUAGUGAUGUUGAAGCCGUGGACACAUUAGAAGGUAGAGGAUGUGGACAGCCUUCGUUGGACGAUAGAUUUUGGCAAUGUUUUAUGCAAGUGGAGCGUAAUGUACCAAAAGAUACAGUACUAACAGUUCCUAUAUCGCAGAUUGAGAAGCUUGGCAUGGACAGUGCAAAAUUACAUUGUUGUGAAAAAGCAUCAACAGUUGGUUGUCGAAAACUUUGCGCAAAAACUUUUACUAACGAGUGGUCGACGUCUUGGAAUGAAUUAAACGCUCAAUGUUUAACAGAUCUCAAAGAAGACAUGCUACUUAAAUGUUUGGACGACGUGGAGGAACCAUGUGACUUGGGGUGUGAAGGCUUAAACUAUUGCACGGUAUUUAACAAUCGCCCGACUGAGCUAUUUAGGAAUUGUUUACCGCAAACAGAUGACGCCGCCCACUAUGAUGUUACCUUGUGGAAGCAAAGUGGUACAAUUACACUUUUUGAUCGACAAUUGCCAUUAAAAAACAUAACCCGUUGUAUGCCUGAAACAUGGAAGGCUGUAGCUUGUGUAUUACAGAUUAGACCAUGCACAAGAGAAUCACAUGUCAACAAAAUAUGCAGAGACGACUGUUUAGAACUAUUAAGCAAUUGCUUAGAUUGGACUAGGAUGUCUCCAGGUUUGACAGCUAACUCACUAUGUGCCAAACUGUCACCAGAAAGUGGUCCUUGUGUUUCGUUGAAGACAUACUCUGAAUAUGUUCCAGAUCCUCCUGCUCCACCAUAUCAUCAAACAGCAGUUGCCCAAGUGACUGCACCGUGCAAACGCAACCCUUGCUCAACUGGGAUGGUCUGUCUGGUAAACCGUGGAUGCCGUAUAGGUCACUCAUGCAAACCAUAUCGUUGUAUCCCAGGUUGCAAAGUAGGCGAAGUGUCUCAUUUUUUAAUCCCCGAAGACUCCUAUGCUCGCAUCCCCAUCUACAAUGGUCAGAGGGGUUGUGUAAAAGUGUGUCAAUGUACUAAAAAAGGUAUUGACAAAUGUCAGCUAAUGCCGUGUUCACAAAUGCUACCUUGUUGGCUGGCCGGUAAGCAAAUUGAUCACGGAACAACAUUUAAAAUGGACUGUAAUACUUGCAACUGUUUUGCGGGUGAUAUUAUUUGUACAAAGAAACAAUGUGAACAAACUACAAAUGCAGUGUCCUUAUAUAGACACACUGGUUUACCCUGUAACUGUGCUCCUCAUCACGUCCCUGUAUGUGGAAACAACGGCAACACAUAUCCUAAUUCGUGUUUAGCAAUAUGUGCUGGUCUAUUUGACAUUGACUUGAAGUUUGGACCCUGCUUAACAAAUGAUCCCUGUGCUGAUCACACGUGUAAAUCAAACGAGAAGUGCAUUCCGACUCGCCAAGUCUGUCUAUCAACAUUAAAAAAAUAUUGUCCUCAGUACAAAUGUGUUCUCAAUGAAGAUUCAUGUAAAGAUACACAUAAGAGUCCAGUGUGUGACACAGACGACGAAGAACACGAAAGUAUAUGCCACUUAUUACAAGCUAGUAAGACUUUGGCUUACCACGGCCCUUGUUUGGUAGGAUGUAACUCUUCUGGAACAGUUUGCGGUGUGGAUGGUAAUACUUAUCCAUCAGAAUGUUCGGCUUUCGCUGAAUCUAUAAGCGUUGAUUAUGCCGGACCUUGUAUGUCUAGUGGUUUCAUCAGUUAUAAUGGAAGACCGUACUGUUCUAAGAGAGUAGUUGAAUGUCCUAGAUUACCUGAGCAAGGAUGUUUGGGCAUCACGCCGCCUGGUUCCUGUUGUCCCAAGUGUGCCGGUGCUCUUCGUGUUAUGUUCAGUCAAAAACAAGUUGACAGAGUCGUACACACAUUGAAAAAUAAAUCUACUUCAAAUGUUUUGAGCAUGAAGUCUGUAUUAAAAGCACUAGAUAGACACGUUCAAGUAGCCGAAUGCACCGUCCGAGGCCAUCUUACUGUUUACCAAGAUUUAUUGGUAUUGAUUGAAUCCAAUUUACGGCAUCCAACACGUUUGCAAUUGGAAGCUUGCGCUUGUGAAGCAGAAAAGUUGUCAACGCUAAUGGAAAUGUCCAGUCCUCGAAUAGUGUCUGAUCUAAGCUUAAGUAUUUUAAUAUCGGCCAGUCCCGUCCACGAAAUUAUAACAAACAACUUUGCAAUGCAAACGGCUACUGUUAACGUAACUUUAUUACUUGUGUCUUUAAUUACUACAUUUCUACAUAGAAUUUAAAAACUGACUGAAUAUAACAAUUUUUUAUUAUAUAUAUAUAUAUAUAAGUUAAUUUCAAUUUUAUUUUUGUUAUUCUAACGUUUUGUACAAAUCAAUGCGAUGUCUGUGAUAACUUUUGUCGGUAUACAAAGUAUACAUUUUUA